CAAUUCCUAUCAUCACCCUAACUAAAGCCUAGACCUCCAAUCCAGAAGGUGCUAUCGGAUUGAACAGAGGGUACAUAAGACCGUCACGAAGAAUCCUCCCCCGGAAAGCCAGAAGCCAUGAGUCUCCGGCAAGGUGUGCCGCAGUACGCCCAAGGGAACGAAGCCGUUCGCGCCGUCGCCGACGAAUCUGAUGCCGAAGAAGAUGCCCUUGUGAACGAUUACCGGGAACAGGUUCAAUACAAUCAGGAUGGCAUGGACGACUUGGAACGAACGGUGUCCAUCGGUACGGGCGCGGGACAGGACAUCCACGCACAACUACAGGCGGCAGCCACCCCGCUAGAAUUCCAGGCGUCGCUGGAGACCAAGUUCGCGAGCUACGACAAUUAUUGCACGCUGUUCCACUUCAUCUUGAAUUCGGAGGGGCCGGUGGAUUUGGAAAUGCCGAAUCAUUACUGGGCAUGGGACGUGAUCGACGAGUUCAUAUACCAGUUCAACAGCUUCUGCAGCCACCGACAACGGGUCGCAUUGAAAGCCGACAAUGAGGCGGAAAUUCAGAUCCUGCGCGAUAGCCCAAAUACAUGGGGCUGUUACAGUGUCCUCAACGUGCUCUACUCCUUGAUCCAAAAAUCACAGAUCACCGAACAGCUGGCAGCCAGCAGAAGAGGCGAGGAUCCCAGCCAAUUUGCCGGAGAAUAUGGCAAUCGACAACUCUACAAAUCUCUGGGAUAUUUCUCAAUAAUCGGACUCCUCCGAGUCCACUGCCUGCUUGGCGAUUUCAGUCUGGCCAUCAAGACGCUGGACGAUAUCGAACUGAACAAGAAGGCCACUUUCGCACGAGUCAUGGCCGCUCACUUCACCACCUACUACUAUGUCGGAUUCUCCUACAUGAUGAUGCGCCGAUACGCCGAUGCGAUCCGCAUGUUCUCCCACAUCCUCAUCUAUGUCUCCCGGACCAAGAACUUCCAGAAGAAUUCGCAGUACGAGAACGUGGCGAAAAAGAACGACCAAAUGCAUGCAUUGAUCGCCAUCUGCGUUGCAUUCCACCCCACCCGGCUCGAUGACACCAUCCACACGGCGCUCCGAGAGAAGUACGGCGAGAAGUUCAACCGACUUCAGCGAGGCGGCCCGGAAGCCCUUCCCAUCUUCGAGGAGCUCUUCCGUUCCGCGUGCCCGAAAUUCAUCUCCCCAACCCCGCCGGAUUUCGAUAACCCGGAGAUCAACGUGGAUCCCAUCGACCACCAUUGCGCCAUCUUUAUGGAGGAGGUUAAGAACCAUAUGUGGUCUCCCACCGUCAAGAGCUACCUGAAACUCUACACCACCAUGGAUCUGGAGAAGCUGGCCGGAUUCUUGGAAAUUGAGCCGGAGAAAUUGAGGAGCUGGCUUCUGGUGACCAAGCAGCGGAGUAGACAGGUCCGGUGGAGCGAAGGCGCUUUGUUGGAUGGCGAGGUCGUGAACAGUAGCGAGCUUGACUAUGCUCUUGAAGGGGAUCUAAUCCACGUUUCCGAAGCGAAGGUCGGGAGAAGGCUCGUAGAUUGGUACUUGAGAAACCUGGCAAGGACCUAUUAGAGGUGACACGUCUCGGAUCACGUAUCAACACGCAAAAAUGAGUAGCAUAGAAGGAUAUGGGGGCGUUUCACGUGUAACUCUAUGGUCAUUCAAGAGUUCAUGAAAGCAUAUCGUACUUCGAACUCUUGAACACCACGUCAGCGAGUACUAGGUAGACAACGAGGACUUCCAAUCAUAGAAGCUAGGAGAAGCUUCAAACCGAGGAUCUUGAGCGACAAAUUGGGGACAGCGGUGAUGCCUAUUAUUGAUGCCACCAGUCCGUUCUUUACCUGUAAUCAAGGCUCCUACAAACAACCAUAGUUAGACAUGAAAUCAUGGAUGUUUCACGU